CGUUAUUUCUUUGUGAUUUGUUAUGCAUCUACUUAUGUAAAUAAAACUAAAGUUUGGGCUUAAUUUGUUUGCCCGAAUAGACAGUAUCGGUGUAACAAACUAAUAAGAUUUUGCAAUGGACUCACGUUUAAUUUUGACUUCCGUUCUUAAAAUAUCAUUCACUGAAUAUAUUUUUACUUCCUGAACAGAUGAAGAAUAACAUUGGACUGAAAGAAGCGAGUUUUCAGAAUGCCACGACUACGAUUACGAAGAAUGCUUCUGACAAUAGUAGGAAUUGGUUGUGUUACCCUAGUAGCCUUGAAUCUUCGGAUGAAAGAAGAAAAGGUAGACGAUGUGAUUCGAGAGCAACAGCAGGAAGAUAAGGAGAUAAGAAAAUCACUUCAUAUAGAACAGAGUGUUUAUCCUAAAGAACAAGAGUUAGCUGUCGUGGAAAAGCUCUGGUUUAUGAAGAAUGGUGUAAAAUGGCCUGUUGAAUCCAACCAUCCUGGAGCCACAUAUUCUCCCCCAAAAAUAUGGUCUCACGAAGACGACGGUGACCGUAUUGAAAGCCAACUCAUGUACAUUCCACCCGACUACGCCUCGUUGAAAAACAAUUCUCAUCCUAAAUUAAAGAAAAUUCUUCUGUAUUUUGGGAAGGCAGGUUGGAAUGAUCUACCCUUAGGAAGGCAAAUCUUCAUAAAAGACAAAUGUCCCGUUGAUACGUGUGAAAUCACAACAGCGCACCACGACAGUGCUACAGCAGAUGCUAUAUUCUUUAAAGAUCGGUUUGCAUGGCCAAGACACAAAAGGCCACCUGAGCAAGUGUGGAUAUUGUUUCUGCUUGAGUGUCCACCACUAUAA